CAUUAUUAGGACCCCCUUGCAUUUACUUGUCACUGAUUGCAAUCAUGAUACUCAGAUCGUUCGAGCCUAUCCUAUUUAAUCCAAAGAUACUGUGUGCUGUUUCUAAGAGCAUCUCUCGACAUUCCCCAUCACUGGUCUUACUCUUGCUCUUGCAGCAUCGCAAUACAACUGUGCCAUGGUUGGCUAUAGUAACUACACUUGUGACGACAGACUCGAUGUUUUCAAAUAUACUGGGUCAUGGAAUUAUGAUGAUUACAAUGCUUCUAGCGUUAAUCAAAUUGGGACGCUAACUUGGACAGACGACCUGACAGCCAAUGUAACCUUCACUUUUCCUGUAAAAGCUAAUGCUUUCUACUACUACAGCAUACCUCGCUGCUGUGGGGGGUUGUAUGCAAUAUGUAUCGAUUGUGAUCUCGGAAAUCCCAAAUUCGAGAUCAUCGACGCUGUCAGAGCUGGUGCCGACAGUGAAAGUCCUCCGGACAUCCUAUACACUAAAUCCUUUGAUCAGCUAGGAAUACAUGAGAUAAUCUUAAAAAACCAGUACGAUUCACGGGGACCUUCGCAGUUAACGGUGGACAAAUUUGUAUUCCAGAUUGAAGAUAACAGCGUUACCAGUGCUACAGAAUCCUUGACAGGGACAUCCGGAGCAUCCUCCUCCUCCAUCUUUGUGUCCUCAUCUACUGCCCCGGCGGUAUCUCAAUCAACCAGAGCCUCACCUUCCGCUUCCCAAACCCCCAUAGGUGCCAUCGUCGGAGGAGUUGUAGGAGGCAUCGCGGUCAUCUCCCUUUGCUUAAUCAUAUGGUUUUUCAAGCAACGUCGCCAACGCACACAGCCAGAGCAUAACGACGUGAAUACGAGUUCCUAUAUCAGUCCCCAUCAACAGUCCCCAUUCAUUAUAUCUCACCCAAAUACACCUAUCCCUACCCCGUAUACCGUGAUGGAAACCACCUCCCAACAUAUGCCAAAGGGAGCAAGAAGAGCUUCAGUGGCUGCUGGACCUUCAAUUCCGAAUGCACCGUUGGGACACGCACACCUCUCUUCAUCGCGUAUGGCCUCCGAUGAACGCUGGCCUCAGCGGGAGAAUGAUGCGGGUCGGAUAGACGCUGACGAUGGUGGCAACAAUAUUGUAACGUUCCCGCCUGGGUACGAGGAUAUUGUCAGCGGUGGACACCUUGAUGGUGAGCAACUUACCACUAGAGGCCCAACCCUCUAGUAGAGGGACGUUGAUUCGCAGGUUGCCUACACCUGAGGUUCGAAGGCCUCCUCCCUCGGAAAGCGGGCCUUCUUGAGCUUUUUAACAACCUUCUCGCGAACUCGUUCAGUUUGAUGAGGCCAACCCUCUGCUCAUUAUUCCAUAUUUUCUUUCUAUUUCAGGUGUAUGUAGACUUGUAAAGUUAUCCACUGUAGCGCUUAUUUAAACUUCGAGAAAAUGGUGGUUUCAGUGGUCCUCCAAUACCACGACCUGUAUUUCAAUGUAGAGC